AUGACUAAUGGUCAGAUAGAUUUUGAGUUUAGUGACUACCAUGCUUUAUCCGUUGAGGAUACUUGCGCCAGACUUGUAACUGACUCCUCGAAAGGUAUAUCCCCGGAGGAGUUCCAGGCGAGGCUUGCCCAAUGUGGUGAGAACUCCCUGGGCGAUGACGCCAAGAUCGAUUACAAGGCGAUGCUUAUCCACCAGAUUUGCAACGCGAUGAUUCUUGUCUUGAUCAUAUCCAUGAUCAUCUCCUUCGCUAUCCGUGACUGGAUCACGGGUGGUGUCAUUUGUUUCGUUAUCGGGAUCAACGUCAUCAUCGGCUUGAUCCAGGAAUACAAGGCCUCGAAGACCAUGAACGCUCUUAGAGCACUGUCGUCACCAAAUGCGCAUGUCAUCAGGAAUGGCAAUAGCGAGGUUGUUGACUCGACAGACGUGGUCCCUGGUGAUUUGGUUGUGGUCAAAGUCGGUGAUACCAUUCCAGCCGAUUUGAGGUUGGUCUCCCAACAGAAUUUUGAAACUGACGAAGCGCUAUUGACCGGUGAAUCUCUACCGGUAUCCAAGGACGCUAACGAGAUUUUUGACGAUGAAACACCAGUAGGUGACAGAAUCAACUUGGCAUUCUCCUCUUCCACUGUCGUUAAAGGUAGAGCUCAAGGUAUUGCAAUCAAAACGGGUUUGAACACUGAAAUUGGUAAGAUCGCUAAGUCAUUGAGAGGUGGCAACGAGCUGAUUUCCCGUGAUCCAGCUAAGACUUGGUACCAAAACGCAUGGAUCUCCACUAAGAGAACUGUAGGCGCAUUCUUGGGUACUACUCAGGGUACACCAUUACACAGAAAGCUAUCUAAGCUGGCUGUUUUGUUGUUCUGGAUCGCUGUUGUCUUCGCUAUCGUCGUGAUGGCAUCUCAGAAAUUUGAUGUGGACAGAGGUGUAGCUAUCUAUGCUGUCUGUGUUGCCUUGUCUAUGAUCCCUUCAUCGCUGGUCGUUGUUUUGACAAUCACAAUGUCUGUUGGUGCCGCCGUUAUGGCUUCAAGAAAUGUGAUUAUUAGAAAACUAGAUUCCUUGGAAGCCCUAGGUGCUGUUAACGACAUUUGUUCAGAUAAAACCGGUACUUUGACUCAGGGUAAAAUGAUCGCUAAGCAAAUUUGGGUCCCUAAGUUUGGUACUUUACAAGUCGUUGGAUCAAAUGAACCUUUGAACCCAGAGAAAGGUGAUAUUAAUUUUAUUCCAAACUUAUCUCCUUAUGAAUAUUCACAUAAUGAAACAGAAGAUGUCGGUAUUAUGCAAAAUUUCAAGGAUAAGUACGAAGGUAAAAGUAUUCCCGGUAACUGCCAAUACCAACUGUUUGAUAAAUGGUUAGAGACUGCAUCAUUAGCUAACAUUGCAUCUGUUUUCACUGAUCCAGAGACUAAGGAAUGGAAGGCUCAUGGUGACCCAACUGAGAUUGCCAUUCAAGUUUUUGCUACUCGUAUGGAUUUGCCAAGACAUGUACUAACUGGUGAAAGAGAUGACAUGGAUGAAGAUGAAAUUAUGUCUAGUGUCUCAUUAUCUGAAAAAGAUGCAACUGCCGCUAACGCUAAGUUUAGGCAUGCUGCUGAAUUUCCUUUCGAUUCCACUAUCAAGAGGAUGUCUUCUGUUUAUGAAAGCCGUGAUUAUAAGACCUACGAGAUUUACACUAAAGGUGCUUUUGAAAGUGUAUUGAACUGCUGUACUCACUGGUAUGGUAGGGAUCCAAAUACUGCAACUGUUAUGACUGAUGCAGAUGUUGAUACCAUCAAAGAAAAUAUUGACUCCAUGUCUUCAGAAGGUUUAAGAGUCCUUGCGUUUGCCAACAAAAGCUACCCAAAAAGUGAUGUCAACGAAGAAAAGCUUCAAAAGAUUUUAAAAGAAAGAGAUUAUGCUGAGACUGGUUUAACAUUUUUGGGAUUAAUUGGUAUCUACGAUCCACCUAGAGAAGAAACCGCUGGUGCAGUGAAAAAGUUUCACCAAGCUGGUAUCAAUGUUAGAAUGUUAACUGGUGAUUUCCCAGGUACUGCCAAAGCCAUCGCUCAAGAAGUCGGAAUCUUGCCAACUAAUCUUUAUCAUUACUCAAAAGAAGUCGUUGAUAUUAUGGUUAUGACUGGUAAGCAAUUUGAUAACCUCUCCGAAGAUGAAAUUGAUAAUUUGCCUGUCCUUCCGUUGGUUAUAGCACGUUGCUCUCCACAAACAAAAGUUAGAAUGAUUGAGGCACUUCACCGUAGAGAAAAAUUUUGUGCUAUGACUGGUGACGGUGUUAACGACUCACCAUCUUUGAAGAUGGCGAAUGUUGGUAUUGCAAUGGGUAUUAAUGGUUCAGAUGUUGCUAAGGAUGCUUCCGAUAUUGUUUUAAGUGAUGAUAAUUUUGCAUCCAUAUUAAAUGCUGUUGAAGAAGGUAGAAGAAUGAGUGAUAAUAUUCAGAAGUUUGUAUUGCAAUUAUUAGCGGAAAAUGUUGCACAAGCAUUGUAUUUGAUUGUCGGUUUGGCAUUCCAGGAUAAGGAAGGUAAGUCUGUCUUCCCCUUAGCACCUGUUGAAGUUUUAUGGAUCAUUGUGGUCACUUCAUGUUUCCCAGCAAUGGGUCUGGGUCUGGAAAAGGCAGCUCAUGACUUGAUGGAUAGACCACCAAAUGACUCUAAGGCAGGUAUUUUCACUUGGGAGAUUAUUGUUGACAUGUUUGUUUAUGGUGUAUGGAUGGCUGCUAGCUGUAUGGCCACCUUUGUUACAAUCAUCUAUGGUAGAGAUCAUGGAAACUUGGGACAAAACUGUAACAGAGACUACAGUGAGUCAUGUCAUGACGUUUUUAGAGCAAGAUCAGCCGCUUUUGCUACAAUGACAUGGUGUGCUUUAAUCCUGGCUUGGGAGGUAAUCGAUCUACGUAGAUCAUUCUUCAGAAUGCACCCAGAUACAGAUGCCCCUGUUAAGCAAUUUUUCAAAGAUAUUUACGGCAACAAGUUCUUGUUCUAUUCAGUUGUAUUUGGCUUCGCUUCUGUUUUCCCUGUCGUUUAUAUUCCUGUCAUCAAUACGGAUGUGUUCCUACAUAAGCCAAUCGGCUGGGAGUGGGGUAUUGCUAUCGCAUUCUCGGUUUGUUUCUGGAUUGGUUGUGAAUUGCACAAAUAUUUCAAGAGAAUAUAUUAUAGAAACAAAUCCAGAGCUAUCAACCCAGAAAAUGAUUUGGAAAACAAGGCUGGUACUCAUCCAUUUGAUGCUUAUAGUACUUCUACCACGUUACAAACAGAAGUUGUUUUCAAUGGUAAGGCUUAA